ACUCUGUAUGGUGGGAUGUGUUUCAGCAUUGGUCCGUCUCUUCCAUCUGGAUUUCAACAACAAGGACCUGUUCCAGCCUCUCUUGAAGAUUGUAAGAAAACUGAUAUCGCUUUUCUGCUGGAUGGGUCUGGAAGUGUGAGAUCUCACCAGUUCAGCGCCAUGAAGACAUUUGUUAAAAGUCUCAUCCGCAGACUCCUGUCGCCAAACAGCUUGUUUGCCUUUGCACAGUACUCCCACAGCUUUAUAAUCCAUGUGAACUUCAAUCAGUUUGAGAGAACACGAUGGGAUAAUCAGGUGGACGCUAUCCAGCAAACUCGAGGACGGACGUACACCGCAGGGGCUAUACAGAAAGUAGUAAACAGUGUGUUUGUAUCCUCUGCUGGAGCAAGACCAGAGGCCAACAGGAUCCUCAUCGUCAUCACAGAUGGACAGUCAUUUGAUGCUUAUCACUAUCCCGCGGUCACAGCUCUGGCUGAUGGAAAACACAUCAUUAGAUAUGCCAUUGGGGUUGGCAAUGCCUUUAACAGUCACUCGGCACAAAAUGAGCUCAGGAGCAUCGCAUCCCCACCUGAAUCAGAGCACAUGUUUAAAGUGGACAGCUUUGAGGCUCUGGACAGAAUCAGCAGCACACUGGAGGAGAGCAUCAUUGCCAUAGAAGGAACCCAAACCACUGGAGGUGAUGCCACAACGAUGGAAUUUGCUCAGAAUGGAUUCAGUGCAGCUCUUGUGUCAAAUCCAAAUGACAGGAUGCUAGUGGGUGUGGUUGGGGCUAACGAGUGGAGAGGAGGGUACCAGGACAUCCCUCUGUCCAGCAGGACGCCCAGCUUUAGGAGGCUGCAUCAGGUCACACCCGACAGUUAUGUUGGCUACUCCAUGGCUGUAGCAAGCAGAGACGGGCAGGAGCACAUAGUUAUGGGGGCCCCCAGGUAUGAACACAAGGGGCUGCUCAUGGUGUUCUCUCCUGGAAACAAGCCACCAAAGAUGUUCACACAGUCUCAGAUCGGGGCCUACUUUGGAGCAGAGGUGUGUGUGGUGGAUUUGGACGGAGACUCCAACACUGAUCUGAUUCUGGCAUCUGCCCCCAUGCACACAGAGGGAGAGAGAGAGGGGAAAGUGUUGGUGUACAAAUUUACAGAGGAGGAGUCUCGCACGAUUGUGUCUGACACUGGUGUGUCCCUGCUGGGGCUGGAGGGUCAGAGGGGGAGGUUCGGCGCGUCUCUGGCCAGCCUGGCUGACCUGAACGGGGACGGGAUCAGGGACGUGGCCGUGGGAGCUCCUCUGGAGGAUAACGGACAGGGCAGCGUGUACAUCUUCAACGGGAGGAGAGGAGGAAUCAACCCCACCUACUCACAGAGGAUUGCGGGUUCGUCGGUGCGGUCCGGUCUGCGGUUCUUUGGGCUGACCGUGGCCCAGUCUGCUUUGGACCAGAGUGGAGACGGACUGCCUGACAUCGCAGUUGGGUCCAAAGGAGCGGUUCUGCUGCUCAGGUCCAGGCCUGUGGUAUCCAUGGUGACCAGCGUGACCUUUGCCCCUCCCCAAAUCCCCACCGCUAUCUCAGGCUGUCAGGCUCCCCUACAGUUCAACGCAUCAGUGUGUUUCAGAAUGACAAAGACCACCAAGGACAAAUUCACAGACCUGCGGGCAAAACUCAAGGUCACCCUGAAGCUGGAUUACGUCCGCCAGCGCACUCGUGCUUAUUUCACAGCCAGUGAAGACGAGAAGAACUUCAUGGUGGCACUGCAAGAGAACUGUCUCCAGCAUCCUCUCUUUGUGCGGUGCUCGCCAGAGGAUGCUCUGAACCCCGUGGAUGUGCAGGUGGCCUUCUCCUUUCAGGGGGUUCCCAUACAGGCACAAGACGCCCUGGCACCUCAGCUGGGCAGCAGCUCCAGACUCGUCACAGACCACAAGUUAAAGUUUACGAUUGACUGUGGAAAGGACAAAGUCUGUGAAGACAACUUACGAGUUGACCUCAACUUUUCAAGGUCCUCCAUCAUCGAGGUGGGCAUUGCUCAGGCGAUGAGUGUGAUUGUGAUGGUGGAGAAUAGAGGAGAGAACUCCUAUGACACUCGUGUGUCUCUCUCCUACCCUCCUGGCCUCUCCUACAGGACCUUCACCAAGAGCCAGGGCAGGGUGGAGUGCACUUCUCUAGACAGCACAGAUGGACUCACCCUGGGACAGACUGACUGCAGCAUCAACAGACCUUUCUUACGGGCUGGAGACAAGGCAAUCUUUGUUGUUCAGUAUGGAAUUGAUGGGAGCAGUAAUUAUGGUGAUCAAGUCACCAUACAGGCCAGUGCAGCAAGUGAUAACGACAAACACGCACCUGGUAGUGUCCUGUCCAGACGUCUGGACAUCGGGGUCAAGUACAGCAUUCAUGUAAUUCUGAAGAGAACGGAAAGCACAACCAACUACAUUAAUUUCACUGCUGGAUAUAAUGACCUACAGAAACCAGUGCGGCAGAAAUUAGAGGUGACAAAUAGCCUAAGAGGACUCAAACUGACCGUUGUAAUACUCGUACCAGUAAGACUCCAAGGCAAAGACAUCUGGACAAGUGUUGACAGCUUGAAUAUCCAGGACUGCACUAGAGGGGUUGAGAGAAACCCAGUGAUCACAGACCUGCAGCAGACCUUCAAGGACAACAUGGAGCCUGAUGUGAACUGUUCCAUUGCCGUGUGUCUGGAGUUCAGAUGCAGCUCAUACAUGGCAAGAGAUGACUCCCAAUUCUACACAAUCUCAGGAAACGUGAGCUCAGGAUGGAUUGAAAAGACUGGGCUGCGUUCUGCUCUGUUUCACCUGGUCAGCUCAGCCACACUGGAGUACGACAGCAAGUACAUCUUCUACUCCUCUGAGUCCUCUCGCCUCCCACCUGUCAUCAAGAUUGAGACUCUUGUGGAGGUCUAUGAGGAGCCAACCCUAACUAAGGAGAUCAUUGGUGGAGUGGUGGGUGGCUUCAUCCUAUUGGCUCUCAUGACUGCUGGCCUCGCCAAGUCAGGCUUCUUCAAGAGCGAGUACCAGCAGAAACUGCAGGAGGCAGAAGCAGCCCAGGCAGGAGAGGCACCACCAGAGGAGGAAGCAGCAGCCGCAGCUGAAUAACCGCUGUGUGUGUGUGUGUGUGUGUGUCUGUGUCUGUGUCUGUGUCUGUGUCUGUGUCUGUGUCUGUGUGUGUGUGUGUGUGUGUGUGUGUGUGUGUGUGUGUGUGUGUGUGUGUGUGUGUAUGUCUUAGCUCUUGAGCUCACCUUUGCUCCGGGUCAUCACCAUGAGGUCAUGCCAUAAGGCUACUCAACACCCUUGCUUGCUCUGUGGCCAUGGGAGGAGAAGCGCAUGAAUCUCUUCACACUGUUGUUCCCAUCACCAUUUCCCCACUGGACUGAGCUAUCUUCUAACUGGACCAAACCAUUCCCAUUUCCCCACUGGACUGAGCUAUCUUCUCACUGGACCAAACCAUUUCCCCACUGGACUGAGCUAUCCUCUUGCUGGACCAAACCAUUCCCACCAACAUUGUUAUUGCACUGAUCUUAUUUUAUCUGAUCUUAUUUUGCAUAUUUGUACUGGAGUGGAAUAUUAGUCUUCUUUCAUCUUUAUGCUAAAUCUUUAGCAAGUCGCUUAUUAAGUCAUUUAUUAUGCACAGUAUUAAGCUGACACAAAUAUUUAUCAUGAUCUUGUCUGCUUUAUCUCAUGUUCAUGUUGCUAUUAUUAUUAUCGUCAUGAUUAAUGAUUAAUCAUAUUUUUUUAUUCAAACUGGAGUAGGCCAGUGAUGGCACAGUGUAUAGCAAUGUAGCCUAUCAAGUCAGAGACCUGGGUUCAAAUCCCACCUGAGUGAUCACUGGGUUCAUCAGAGACCUGGGUUCAAAUCCCAUCUGAGUGAUCACUUUCCUAAAUUGCUUUGGACAGAUGCAUUUGAUGAACUAGGCCUGAAAGUCAAAGGGAAGUAUAAAUAGUACUGGCUGUAGAUUGGGGGCUGCAAAACAACUUGCAAAACGAUAAGAAAGAUGGAAUGCAUAUGCUAGCUACUUUCUCAUACACCAUUUAUUAUGAUCUCUCUAAAUGAUGAACUAUACGUGUGUAAAUUGACAUGCCGAUUUUGCCAUCUUUGUGUUCAGGGCUCACCAUUAAUAAACAUGUAAGUGGUGAAUACAAUGUGCUUUGAGUGACAUUAACUACUUCUAAAAAAAUUAGUAAUAUUAGUAAUCUGAUAGUAAAGACUUAACUAACCAUUUUAUAAAAGGCUAACUAUUUUUGCAAAUUACAUUUAAAGGAACACUCCGCCGUUUUUUCAUUUUAACGUUAUUCCCUUUACUAAGACGAGUUGAUACAUACCUCUUGGCUCUGGCGGGCGGCACUACUUUGAUAGCGCUUAGCUAGCCCAGUUUAUUCAUUAGGAUCCAAUCAGAUGCACAGAGGUGCACGGUGAUGUUGGAACAGGUUGGGGACAUCCCCAAGAUGGGCUUGGAAAGGAACUCUGAAUGCUUCAGCAUUAACCAAGAGAUUUUGGACAAUUCCAUGCUCCCAACUUUGUGGGAAGUUUGGGGAUGGUCACUUCCUGUUCCAACAUGACUGCACCAGUGCACAAAGCAAGGUCCAUAAAGGCCUGGAUGACAGAAAUGUGUGUGGAUGAACUUGACUGAGUCAACCCAAUAGAACAUCAUUGGGAUGAAUUAGGGCUUCGUCCAACAUCACUCACAAAUGCGCUUCUGAAAGAAUGGACAAAAAUCCCAUAAACACACUCCUUAACCUUGUGGAAAGGCUUCCCAGAGGAGUUGAGGCUGUUAUAGCUGCAAAGAGUGGACCGACGUCAUAAUAAACCCUAAGGAUGGGAUGUGACUGAAGUUCAGAUGUGAGUCAAGAGAAGCGAAUACUUUUGCCAAUAUAGUGUAUGUGGAAGACUUCAUCCUUUGAGUUGCUGCAUGUUCUCACUGCACAAACCAUUUUCAUCAGAUAAAGCUUUCUUAUGUGUGUGUGUGUGUGUGUGUGUGUGUGUGUGUGUGUGUGUGUGUGUGUGUGUGUGUUUGUCUGCCAGGUGCUCAGAAACGAGUACUUUGUAUGGCAUUUUCAUCUCAGAAUGGAACAACAGUUGACUU